GGCGCUCUCAGUCCUAAGAUGGCGGACCGGCGGAGACGCAGGAGGCGCGCGUCUCAGGACAGCGAGGACGAGGACGAGUCUGGCUCCGGCUCCGGCUCCGACAGCGGCGGCUCGGCCUCCCCGUCCUCGAAGAACCGGGCCCGAGAACCGGAGCUGCCCGAGGCCACGGCGGAGAGGAGCGCCCCGAGGAGCGGCCCGAAGAGCGACGAGGAGUCCGAGUGUGAGAGUGAAGAUGGAGUUGGAGAAGCAGUUUUGUCUGAUUACGACAGCGCAGACCCAGAGGAGAACGGCUCUCACUCAGAGGGUGGAGAGGAAGAGGAAGCCUUCACCGAGGAAACGACGACCACGUCCACUGCCGUGGAACAGGAAGUGACCAAAGCACCUCCCUCUGAAGACACGCCCCCUAGAGACGAGGAGGAAAAUGGACCCAAAGAGGAGAGCAAGACAGAGGACAAGAGCAACGUGACGGGGGAGCGACAGAGUGGAGAUGGACAGGAGUCGACAGAUGACCCAGAGACAAAGUCCGGAGGAAAACAGAAGCUGGACGACGACGAAGAUCGAAAAAACCCAGCAUACAUCCCCCGAAAGGGACUGUUCUUUGAGCAUGACCUGAGAGGAGCCACACAGGAGGAGGAGAGACCCAAAGGGCGAAACAGGAAGCUGUGGAAGGACGAAGGCCGAUGGGAACAUGACCGCUUCAGAGAAGAAGAACAGGCCCCGAAAAGUCGAGAAGAACUCAUCGCCAUCUACGGAUAUGACAUCAGGAACAACAACAGGAGCAACAACAACAGGAGCAACGCAGGAGGAGGCAAUGAGAGGAGGCGGGAGAGGAGGAGCAGACCGUCGGUGUCUCCGAGUCGGGAGCAGCGCUGGAGGGAAGAGCGACCCGUCAGGUCGUGGCAGGGCGGAGCUCCCAGAGCCCCGCCUCCUCAGACUGCCAACCAGUCCGCUCCCUCUGCGCCCCGAGCCCGAGCCCCGCCCCCCAGGAGCCGCGGCCCGAAUGUUCCUCCUCCGUACAGGAGCGAGGGCCCGGGUGUGCGCGGCCCCCACACCAGAGGGGAGAGGCACAGCCCGAAGGUGGCACUUGAGUUCACUGCAGGCGGAGGGGGUGUGGCCACAGCCAGAGGGGGGCGUGGCUUCAGAGGAGCGCCAUCCGAUGACAUCACAGUGGAUGUUAAUGAGGCGGAUCAGAUUCUGAGUGAAGGUGCAGUUUAUCACCAAACACAGGAGCAGAAGCCCCUUCCCCUCUCCUCUGACCCCAUCCCUCAGACGACCUCUUCACCUGCCUCGGCCAAUCGGGACGGCUCUCCCUCCACGGAGCGUCCUGUGGAGAGGAAGUCAUACUCUUUGGUGCGUAGGACGCGCUCGCGGCCCGCCGACAUGGGCAGCAAACAGACGUCUGUGGAGGACACGCCCCCUGCGCCUUCGCCAAAGUCCUGGGCCACAGGCGACGCCCCCUCGGGUGGCACAGGGGCGGGGCCUGCGGGCAGCCUCUCCGACAUGGACCAGGACCUGGCCCGGCUCAGUCUGGGUCAGAACUGGAGCCAGAACCCGACAUCGUACAUCCGCUCCGAGAUACGAGGUCUGACUAACCCUCUGCACGUGCCCAGUGGACAGUUCCAGCCUCUGGAUGAGAUGAGCUCAAACAGAGCCAAGCGUUACUCCGCCCACCGCCAGAGGAGUGUCCCAGACCCCGCCCCCCCAAUGCACCUUGGGGUUAUGGAGGGACACUACUACGAGCCUAUGUCGUACCAAGGACCAAUGUACACUCACGGUGAUGGCCCUGCCCCCCUGGCGCCACAGGGCAUGCUGGUGCAGCCGGAGAUGCACAUGCCACAUCCAGGUCUACAUCCGCACCAAUCAGGAGGCCCCAUCACAAACCCUGCCCUCUACGGAGCCCCACCUGUCUCCCUGUCGCCGGGACAACCGCAGCAGCUCCUCCCACCGCCGUUUUACCCGCCCCCAGGGGUCAUGACCUUUCCUUACCCUGCCAUGUACCCCACUCCCCAGGCCCAGUCCCAGGUGACCUACGGCGGCGUGACGUACUACGACACCAUGCAGCAGCAGGCUCAGCCCAAACCUUCGCCGCCGCGCCGCACCUCACAGCCCGUCACAGUCAAAGCCCCGCCCCCAGAACUGUCCGUCAACGCCAACGCUCCCCCCCCAGAGCUGCCCUACGCCUCCGAGUGACCCGCCCCCUCCCCACACUCACGAGCCCCCCUCUCACCCAGCGGGACGCACAGAAGCCGGCCUGGCGUCAGGAGCAGCAGACCGGAGCGAACUCAAACGACCUUUGGAACUUUUCCAGAUGAAGAGCGGCAGGAGGACGCUUGUUUCUUUUCUAAUGAUUUUUUUUAAAAACUGGUUUUGUUUGUUUUGGUGGAGCAGCCGUAGUUCAAGCCGCGUCUGUGUCUUUAGUUUCAACAGUUCUGAUGAAUGUGACGUUUAAAUGAACAUAAUCUCAUAUACUGUAAGAGACGCUGUGUUAAUAAAGUUUUUUUGUAUCUGUCUGAUGUUGUCAGAUUGCUGCCAUCUGAUUGGUUCCUGUUUUAGUUUAAAAAACACUUAUUUGCUGCUGAGAAAUUCAUUCAAUAAAUCUGUAACAAAGC